GGUACAAGUGGCUCGGUUUCAGUUUCGCUCUCGCGCGCACCGGGCUCGUGUUGCUGUGGCGGUUGGUUUUAUCGUGGGGGGGCUCUCGCGCCGGUUCUUUCGCCCGCCCGUUUCCACGGCCCCACGCGCGCGCGCGCCAUGAGCUCCAGCUACGACCGCGCCAUCACCGUCUUCUCGCCGGACGGCCACCUCUUCCAGGUGGAGUACGCACAGGAGGCGGUGAAGAAAGGCUCGGCGGCGGUUGGUGUGCGAGGAAAAGGAAUUGUGGUCCUCGGAGUGGAAAAGAAAUCUGUAGCCAAAUUGCAAGAUGAAAGAACUGUAAGGAAGAUCUGUGUAUUGGAUGACAAUGUUUGUAUGGCCUUUGCAGGACUCACAGCUGACGCCCGAAUAGUGAUAAAUAGAGCUCGUGUGGAGUGUCAAAGCCAUAGACUCACGGUAGAAGAUCCAGUCACAGUUGAAUACAUCACACGCUUUAUUGCCAGUUUGAAACAGCGUUAUACACAAAGUAAUGGACGCAGACCAUUUGGUAUUUCUGCACUGAUUGUGGGUUUUGACUUUGAUGGAACAGCACGACUAUAUCAGACUGAUCCAUCAGGCACCUACCAUGAAUGGAAGGCCAAUGCCAUAGGGAGAAGUGCAAAGACUGUCAGAGAAUUCUUGGAGAAAAACUACACUGAAGAAGCUACUGCCACAGACAGUGGUACCAUAAAGCUUGCAAUAAAAGCUUUAUUGGAGGUUGUACAGUCUGGAGGAAAACACAUUGAAUUAGCGGUGAUGAAGCAUGAACAACUCUUAAGGAUCCUAAAUCCUGAGGAAAUUGAGAAGUACGUUUCAGAAAUUGAGAAAGAACGGGAAGAAGCUGAAAAGAAAAAGGCGCCAAAAACCUAAAGCUUUUUUAAAAAUAUAAAACUCUCCUGUAUUUACUAAUUGCAAUUAUGGGAAUAAACUGAAGAAUUGUGCCUCAA